AGUUCAGCGGAGUAGGGGAGUAGGGGAACCUUUGGCAUGGAGCAGAGCGAUAUUUAAGGGUCUAAAUGGGGAAUUAACAGAGGAACCCGUCUCAGGGUGUCGUCAGAGACAACAGGCUUCGUCACCACCCUUAAAAAACUGGGUUUGUUUCGAUAAUACCACUAGUGCUCCGAAGUUUUGAGCUUCUUACCGCGGAAGCUAACUGGCUAACCUGAUUAGCUUGGAAAAGUGCUUGGUCGACUUGACAACAUCUCAACUAGGCUGACUUUACCAAGCAGCCAAAGAGCAACAACUUUGUCAAAGAUGUCCUGAGACUAAAGAAAACGAUUUGCUAGGUGAGCCGUCAAACUCUUUGAACCAUAGUUACUGUGGUCCACGAGUUUUGACGCUUGCUUGAUCGCGUUUGAACACAACACUUGAUCCAGGUAACACGCAGCCAUUCAUGACCUGUCGCUUGCAAAAUUGUACCCGCCGCCCAUCCUCCUCCUUGGGCUAGAGUCUACGAUGGACACCCUGCUGAGCUAGUAGGACGCGUGAAAGCACACUAAAUCCCCGCUAACCAUGGGAGGAUGUGUGGGAAGAUACUGGGAAAGAUGGGACAACACACAGAGAAGAGGCUCCUCCAGGAACGGUGGCCGGGGAGGACGUAAUGAGCCGCUAAAGAAAGAUCGACCCAAGUGGAAGAGCGACUAUCCGAUGACCGAGGGCCAGUUGCGCAGCAAGCGGGAUGAGUUUUGGGACACCGCGCCCGCUUUUGAGGGCCGCAAGGAGAUCUGGGAUGCUUUGAAAGCCGCAGCUGUUGCUCUGGAGUGUAAUGAUCACGAGCUGGCCCAAGCGAUAGUCGAUGGUGCCAAUAUCACCCUGCCGCACGGUACUCUGACUGAGUGUUACGAUGAACUUGGCAAUCGCUACCAGCUGCCAGUUUAUUGCCUUGCUCCGCCUGUCAACCUCAUCUCAGAGCGCAGCGACGAGGACAACGACGAUAGUCCCCAUCUCCCUGCAGCACCCAAGAAAGAAUUUCAGCUGAAGGUCCGCCUCUCCACAGGGAAAGACCUUCGCCUCAGCACCAGCAUGAUGGACACUAUCGGUCAGCUGAAGAAGCAGCUGCAGGCCCAGGAGGACAUCGAUGCCACCCACCAGCGUUGGUUCUUCUCAGGCAAACUCCUCACGGACAAGACGCGACUGCAAGACACAAAGAUCCAGAAGGACUUUGUCAUACAGGUCAUUGUCAACUCUCAGGGUCUCCCCCAAACCUCUCCUGCCAGCAGCACCCCUGCAUCGGAAUAGCUGGGUCAGAGAGGACACAGAAGCUGACUCUAGCAGUACCAAGCUACAUUAAGGGAGACAUUUUAUUCUGAAAUGGAUUCAAGCCACUACUCAUGCAUCUGCCCUUUUAUCGGAACUCUCCCGGUGCCAAUGGAAAACACAAGGAAGUGUUUUUGUGGACAUCUACGUAUUGACACAGCAAUCAUUUUCCUUUGCAAGGGAACGGCACAAUCUCUUCAACAUUUUCUUUCAUUAUUGUGGAAAUAAUGCUCAUGGCGCAUUUUUUUUUUUUUUUUGCACAUUUGAAGAUUCUUCCUUGUAGUAGUGGUGUGCUUCUACAAGACAACUCAAUAAGGGUUCAGAAAGAUGCUUGUUUCAUUGCUAGGCGAACCCUGUCUAUUAGAUCAGUCUAAGCUAUGCUGCCUUUGUGGUGAUUUCUUGUUAUGAAAUCAUUGUGUGUUUGUAUGCGGAUGUGUGGACAGCAGUCUAUAAUUACCUUCACAUUAUUGCAUAUCUUAUUCAGGAACAGCAGUAGCUUAUUAUUCAGGAAAUUAAGAAUUCCUACCCAAAUGCAGUGUUAACGGCUGCGACGUCAGCUGCUGAUGCUACUAAGUCUCAUUUUAGUUGUUUUUCUCUCAACCAGUCUAGAAAUGAAUCCCUUUACUCAUGGCAACCUCCAGUGUGGCUGAGUAGAGAGUCUUUCAUGUCCUUAACUGGUACACAGAAGCCUUAUGGGAAUGUUUUAUAUACGCAUUAGAUCCAACUAGGGAUGGGCAUUUGACUAAAUGUCUUGCUUCGGUUAUGGUAAAUAUGAACUAUUAAUUUGUUGAUUUUAUUAAUGGGAUGGGAGAAUCUUUGAAUGUUCUGAACUCCUGUUUCAGUCUCAGGAGGUGUGGAAAAGGCAUGGUUAAAGCUCAACUUCCCUUAGCUUAUGCUCUUCUUUACAUUGGUUCCGAACCGGCUGCGGGACCCUCCAGCCCCCCUCAACGGCGACAGGCCAACCCAAAAUUGCAGACAUUUUUCAAAUGCCUUAUAUUUAAAGGGACUGUUUGCAAAACUGUCAAUUGCAGCGAUGAGACAUCUCUCUUGAUGAGAGCAGAUAUCUGCAGCUGUGUGCAGGACGUGUGAUCCUUUGCUUGACAAAGUUGCCCAUAAAUGGGGUACACACCUCAUGGCGGCGUAACAAGUCAAUCACACAGACAAUAACACAAGUUGCAUUCAUGGUUCGACAAAGGCCCACGACCCACCAGUUUCGAAUCACUGCUUUAGACCACAAUCAAGUUGAGUCGGAAACAACAGCGCCUCUGCUGAAAAUAUGUUAAAUAUACACAUAGAAUCAGACUAGGGACCGCAGACAAAUGAAACGCUUGAGUUGUACUUCCUGUUUGCAGAUGACAGUGGUAUGCCUUCUUAAAGCGACACGCCUGGAAGGCAGCACCGUUUUUAACCACUUCUCCCUCGUUUGCUAGCUGUUAGCAAAACAAUAAAUGAAGAGCUUUAUUGCUAUUAAAUAGCUAUCAGGUCAA